CUCUGAAAGUGAAAUUCGCAAACAGCGACAGAAGGAGCUGGACGCAAAAAAAACACGCUAAAACUGGGACGUAGUUUGCGAUUUUGUCGCUUUUAAAAACUUUUUUUGUCUCUGGAUCAGAAACAUCGUCACGUUGUCGCCUCUCGGACGCGACCUGUCAGCGAAAUGCACACUUUUCGUCUUCACUCCCUGCCUCAGUCUGUCCAGUGUGCAGUGAGCUGAGCAGUACUGUGCUUGAGGGACGAGGUCCGUGAUGGACAGGCUGAAGCUGUCCCGCAUAGACGAGGAGCUGGAGUCCUCGGAGGUGGCAGCUCUCUGCUUCCUGUGUCGGGAUGUCGUCAACAGAAAACGCCUGGAGGGGAUCAAUGAUGCAAAACAGCUGUUCAUGAGGUUAGAAGAAAAAGGCCUGCUGGACGAUCAUUUCUUCCUUUGUCAGCUGCUUCAAACUAUCCGUCGAGCGGAUCUCCUGAACCUCCUGGAGACCGACAGCAGGCAACCCGAAGACACCGACGCCCUUCCCAUGCUGUCAGAAUACAGGGUGAUGCUGUACAGAGUGUACGAGGACAUGACGCUGGAAAAUCUCAAAAACAUGAAGUUUCUGUUGAGCAGCAAACUGGGCAGAGGACAAAUUGAGACAUGCAAUACUGCUCUGGAUAUUUUUGCCGAAAUGGAAAAAAAAAGUUUACUGUCAAAUACAAAUCUGCAUGAGCUGCAUACAGCGCUGCAGGAGCUGGAUCAACAGCUGGCUCUGACUGUGCAGGACUACAUGAGAGGGAGAACCAGGCAGCAUCAAACUACAGUAACUCCUCAUGUCAGCAUGGAUUACCAGAGGAACAACAACAUGCACCAGCCAGUACAACCCAGUGUGUCCAUAUCUGAGACUCAGCCCAGCUACGAACAAGCGAGUGUUUGCUCCGAUGCAGAACCAAAGAGGGUCUCCCCCCCCGUUUCUGAUCACGCAGAGUACUACGCUCUGAAUCAUAGCCCACAUGGUUUGUGUGUGGUCAUCAACAAUGAGGAAUUCCUGGGAAGAGAGCUGAAGAGACGAGGAGGGACUCAGGAGGAUGUCAAGUCUCUGCGCAGAGUGUUCAGCAGCCUCGGCUUCACUGUGGUGGUGCACAACAACUUCAGUUCAACAGACAUGCGACUGGAGCUGACAAAUCUGGGCAAGAGGAGUUUUUUUUUGGAGGAGGAUGCCUUGGUGGUAUGCGUGCUGUCCCAUGGAGAAAAGGAGUGCGUUUUUGGGACCGAUGAGAAGCCGGUGUACUUGCGAGAACUGACGCAGCCCUUCACCAGCAAGGCAGCUCCCACUUUGGCCGGGAAGCCCAAGCUGUUCUUCAUCCAGGCGUGUCAGGGAAGCGGCUACCAGAGAGGGUCCGUGCUGUGUACCCCGAUGCCACAACAUGAGGAGGACACACAGAGCCCGCUGGAGGAAGACGCAGGUCGUGUGCACGGCGAGACGGUGCCUUGGGAUGCCGACUUCCUGCUGGGCAUGGCGACCGUGCAGGAUUGCAAAUCAUUUCGAAACACUUCCACCGGCUCCAUCUACAUCCAGGAGCUGUGCAAGCAGCUGAUGGAGGCCGCUCAAAGCUCGGAGAACGACGACGUCCUCUCUGUGCUGACUCGUGUGAACAGGGAGGUCAGCAAAGGAGAAUAUUUAAACUACAAACAAAUGCCUGAGCCCAAGUACACCCUCACCAAGAAGCUCGUCCUCAAGUUAGUGUGAGCUGAGAGCGACUAAGUGCAAUGCUAAAAGUGUGUUUACAGUGUGUGUGACUCUGUCUGUGUGUGUGUG